ACUUUCCUGUAAUGGCGGAUCAGGCAGAGAACGAGACUAUCGGGUUCAACGACAACAGAAUGGCGCAGCAGGCGGUGAGGUUCCGUAGCCCUGCCCCUGCUCCAACAGCAGCGCCUACCCAGACUCCAGUGUUACGAGGCCCCCCGCCACUAUUAAGGCCUCCCCCACCUCCUUUUGGAAUGAUGAGGGGACCCCCACCAAGACCACCGUUUGCUCGUCCUCCCUUUGACCCCAACAUGCCACCCAUCCCUCCACCAGGAUCCAUGCCACCACCCAUUGGUCCUCCUCACCUUCAGAGACCUCCAUUCCUUCCCCCUCCUGUUGGUAACCUACCACCUCCUCCAGGAAUGUUAUUUCCACCAGGGAUGCCCCCUGUUCCUACAUCUGGAAACCCUCCACUCAACCCUGCAGAGGAGAUCUGGGUAGAGAACAAGACCCCAGAGGGAAAGGCAUAUUACUAUAAUGCCCGGACCAGAGAGUCGUCAUGGAGUAAACCAGAAGGUGUCAAGAUCAUCCAACAGUCUGAACUCAACCCUCUUCUAGUCGGGGGGGCUGCAGGUUCUGGUCCAAGUGGGGGGGUGACUGUGACCGCCAGCUCCAGCAGUGGUAACACUACAGCCAGCACAGCCUCCCCCACCCAGGCCCCGUCCUCCACCCCGUCUCGCACGCUCACCUCCAGUCCCGACUGCGUCACCACUCUCUCCCCUUCGGUGACCAUUGCAGCCUCCAUUGUAGCAGACCUCGCCCCUGUUUCCACAGUAACCUCAACCGUUGCUGUGUCGCCGGUCACCGUGGUGACUGUCUCCACGAUGCCAUCACCAGUCACGGCAGUUCAGACUGUGCCUCUCCUGCCGGCCGCCCUGCCUCACAGCGUGGCCCAGCCCACCGCAGCCAUACCUGCCUUCCCCCCUGUCAUGGUGCCACCCUUCAGGGUGCCUUUGCCAGGCAUGCACAUUCCUCUACCAGGUGUAGCAAUGAUGCAGAUAGUAGGUGCGCCGUGUGUAAAGGCAGGCCCCAGCUCCAACGGCAUGCUUCCUGGUAUGGGCCCGCCCUUGGUCUCCAUGAUGCAUCCCCAGCUGUCACUUUCAGCAGCCCCUGCCUCCAUGGCUGGAUCACUGCAGCUCCCUGAGUGGUCAGAGUACAAAACAGCGGAUGGGAAGACUUAUUACUAUAACAACCGCACGCUGGAGUCCACCUGGGAGAAGCCACAGGCCGUGAUUGAGAAAGAAAAAGAAGCGGAUAGGCUCAGAGAGCGUCUAGCCCAGGAGGAGGCCGAGGCCAUGGAGAUGGAGGAUGAAGAAAACAAAAACGAAAACGCUAAUAAUGUGAGGGAGGAGCCUAAAGAAGAAGAGAUGACUGAAGAGGAAAAGGCAGCCCAGAAGGCCAGACCCAUAGCAACCAACCCAAUCCCUGGCACGCCUUGGUGUGUAGUUUGGACGGGGGACGAUCGUGUGUUCUUCUACAACCCCACAACGCGGCUGUCCAUGUGGGACCGUCCUGAGGAGCUGGUUGGUCGAUCCGAUGUUGACAAGCACAUCCAGGAACCGCCGCACAAGAGAGGUCUGGAGGAUAGCAAGAAGAUCGCGAAAGAGGCAGAUUCAGAGAAAGAGGCAGCGAUGGAGGCAGAGCUCCGAGCUGCCAGAGAAAGAGCUAUCGUACCACUUGAGGCCAGGAUGACCCAGUUCAGAGAAAUGUUGCUGGAGAGAGGGGUGUCUGCAUUCUCAACUUGGGACAAAGAGCUUCAUAAAAUAGUGUUUGACCCACGUUACCUCCUGCUCAACCCAAAGGAGAGGAAACAGGUUUUUGAUCAGUAUGUGAAGACGCGAGCGGAGGAGGAGAGGAAGGAGAAGAAGAACAAGCUGAUGCAGGCCAAAGAUGAGUUCAGGAGGAUGAUGGAGGAGGCAAAGCUGACACCAAGAACAACAUUUAGUGAAUUUGCUCUGAAGCACGGCAGAGAUCCACGAUUUAAAACCAUCGAGAAGAUGAAGGACAGGGAGGCUAUCUUUGUGGAAUUCGUCACCACGAUGAGGAAAAGGGAAAAGGAGGACUCCAAAAGUAGGGGAGAGAAGGUAAAACAAGACUUUUUUGAGCUGCUAAGCGACCAGCACAUAGAGGGAAAUCAUCGGUGGAGCAAAGUGAAAGAGAGGCUAGAGACCGACCCCCGAUACAAGGCUGUGGACAGCUCCGCACUCAGAGAGGAGCUUUUCAAGCAGUACAUGGAAAAACAAGCCAAGAGCAUCGACAUUGACAAGGAAAGGGAGUUGGAGCGGCAGGCUCGCAUCGAGGCCAGUCUCAGAGAGAGGGAGCGGGAGGUCCAGAAGGCCCGAUCAGAACAGACCAAAGAGAUCGACCGAGAAAGGGAGCAGCACAAGAGGGAGGAGGCCAUCCAGCAUUUCAAAGCACUCAUGUCUGAUAUGGUGCGCUCUUCAGAUGCAACGUGGUCAGAAACCCGCCGCAACCUGCGGAAGGACCACCGCUGGGAGUCUGCGUCCCUGCUGGAGAGAGAGGAGAAGGAGAAGCUGUUUAACGAGCACGUAGAAGCGCUGGCAAAGAAGAAGAAGGAGCACUUCAGACAACUUCUAGAUGAGACCAGCAUGAUCACUCUGACAACUACGUGGAAAGAAGUGAAGAAGGUCAUCAAAGAAGACCCUCGCUGUAUAAAAUUCUCUUCCAGUGACAGAAAAAGACAGCGAGAGUUUGAAGAUUACAUUAAAGACAAAUACAUUACGGCCAAGGCUGACUUCAGGACCCUGCUCAAGGAGACAAAGUUCAUCACAUACAGGUCAAGAAAGCUGAUCCAAGAGUCAGAGCAGCAUCUGAAAGACGUGGAGAAGAUCCUUCAAAACGACAAGCGGUACCUCGUUCUGGAAUGUGUUCCUGAGGAGCGCAGGAAGCUCAUCAUGUUCUACAUUGAAGACUUAGACAGACGCGGACCACCGCCUCCCCCCACCGCAUCCGAGCCCACUCGACGCUCGACCAAGUGACCAAAAUCAUAACCUUCUCGGCCAAUGCCCUACUCCUCCUUGCCCUCCAUUUGGCCAGAGCAUGCCCUUCCCUCAGCAUCCCCCUAAACCCCGGCCUCGUGGCCCACCACUGGCCUUGCAGUGUUAUCGCUGGAGGUUAUAUUGCUUAGAGAUGUACCAUAGAGAUGAACGGUUGAGGUCUCUGUGUUACGUCACCUCUUAGCCCUGAAGUAGCCCUGCGUUGGUAUGGCAACACCAGGGAAUAGAGGUUACCUGAUCGGAAGGUGACCCAUGACCUCUCAGCUCUGACUGACCACAAGAGGGAGAGGGAAAGUGAUGAGGCGGCUGCUCGGGCAGCUCCACACGUGCAAGGCAACUGAUGUAAAUGAAGAUGAGUGUGAGAGGUUGUGCCUACGUAUGAGUGUAAUGCACGCACGUUUGAGUUUGUGUGCAUUUGUCUGAGGCGUCCUUAAGCCUUACAGCUCCACUGUGCCAGUCAUUGUUUCAGCGGCUCAGUGUGAAUGUUAGUUUCAGCUCAGUGGUUUACUCCGAUGUCACAGCAGUUUCUCUGUUGAAUGAAAUAAAGACAACUUCCACUGUUUUUUCAACA